GCAGCCGGAUGUGACGUUUCAUAUCGCUUUUGUUAUUGUUGGUGUUUGAUGCAUUACAUGCAAGCGAAAGAACCCGAUUCAUUGAGAUCAAGAGAGCGCGCGGAUCAACAGCGUGUAGAGUAACACCCGAGCUGCUGUUGUGUUUUAUUAUUUUAAUCUUUAGAUUUUAUUGUUAUGAUGAGAGGUGUUUGUGUGUAUUCGUUGUUCGCGCUGUGUGUGUUGUGUUUGUGUCUGGCGUAUAAACCUGUGAUCAUCGUUCACGGGCUCUUCGACAGCUCGUCUGAUUUUAACAACUUGCUGAAAUUUAUUAAUCUGUCUCAUCCAGGUACUAACGUGACCGUCAUAGAUCUGUUUGAUGGCAGUGCCAGCCUGGAGCCGCUCUGGAAACAGGUGCAGGGUUUUACUGAGGCUAUAUAUCCCAUCAUGCAAAACUCUGCCGAUGGUGUCCACCUCAUCUGCUACUCACAAGGUGGUCUGGUCUGUCGAGGGAUUCUGUCCAUACUUCCGGAUCAUAAUGUGCACUCUUUCAUAUCACUUUCUUCACCUCAGGCAGGCCAGUAUGGAGACACAGACUAUCUGAAGUACCUCUUCCCACAGUUUGUCAAAUCCAAUCUGUAUCACUUCUGCUACACUUCGGUGGGUCAGAAAAUAUCUAUCUGUAACUACUGGAAUGACCCUCAUCACAGGGAUUUGUACAUUAACAGCAGUGACUAUCUGGCUGUACUGAACAGUGAGAGAUUAAACCCUAACUCAACCGCCUGGAAACAAAACUUCCUGCGAAUGAAGAAGUUGAUCUUGAUCGGAGGACCAGAUGAUGGAGUCAUUACACCAUGGCAGUCAAGUCAGUUUGGCUUCUAUGAUGAGAAUGAAACGGUAGUUGAGAUGAAAAACCAGAAAGUGUUUCUGAUGGACACAUUUGGAUUAAAGACGCUGUACGCUCGAGGAGAUCUGGCUCUGUGUUCAGUUCCCGGUGUCGCUCAUGUCUACUGGCACUCCAAUGAGACCGUAUACAAAACCUGCAUUGAGAAGUGGCUGACAUAAACAACCGUUCACAUCACAGUAUCAGUUAAUACCUCUACCUCUUCUGAAACAUGAUGGCAUGAUGUUACAUACAGUACACUAUAGAGAGAGAGAUCUAACCAUCAGUGCCUGAAAAAUCAUUCAUCUUCAUAUAAGAGUUUCUUUCUUAACCAUGAUUUUAUUUAUUUUUUAAUGUCUGUUUUUAUUUUUGCUUGUAGUUAUGUGAACGGCACAGCUACAGUAACAUUCACGCCUUACAUUUGAAUCAGUAGACGCUUGUGAUGGAUGACAUACUGAUAUGAGAUAGAUUGAUGAGGCUUUUAAAGGGAUCGUAAAAGAGGGAAAGAUGGAAAGGGAAUUAAAUUCAUGGAAGUGCUAUAUUAGCGUUCACUCUGUGUAAUGUUUCCAUACAACAUAGUUGAUAAAAUCAUAAAGGGAAUCGAUCGGUUUGGUUGUUAUUUUUACAGAUGUUUUGUACUCAUAGAAACCUGUGGGCUUUACAUGAGAGAUUUGAGAUUUUUAAGCACAAUGUGAUGAUGUGUUUAUACGUGAAACUAUAAUUCAUCACUCAUGUGAGUUAUUAAGAAAGUAUUGUACAAAACAUUUCGUUGUAUUUAUUAAUAUCACAGCAGUGUUAUGUAAUUUUAAUAUGUUUUAAAUAAAGGUUUACUAUUGGAUGUUAAAUGGACAAUUUUACAUGGAAAAAGUUUACUGUGGAUCUAUUUUAAUGCACUACGAAUCCUCUUCAGAUAUUGAGCUGUCUACCAAUGUGCUGUACUGUUUUUACAUAAUGUUAGUGUUAGUAAAUUUAGAUGCUUGCUUGUGUUUCUAACAGCACAAAAUGUCUCUUUUUGAAUGUGAUUUAUGCUGUCUUUUGUCUCAUUAAACAUUUUAGAAGA